UCGAUCGAGGUGAUAAGGAAACGUCACCAUAACUCAGAAAUUCAUUCAUGUUUUUGCUGCUACUGAGUGUCUAAUUAGUCGAAUUAGUGAGAUAUUUAACUGAUUGUAGUAAUUCAAAUAAAUAAUUUACGAUGUCGGACGUAAAAGUUUCCUCGCGAGCAUACACAAAAAUAAUUCUUCAUGCAGCAAAGUACCCACACGCUGCCGUAAAUGGUAUUCUGUUAGCACCGAAAGAUAAGUCGAAAAACCAAUACAUCAUCGAUGCCAUUCCUCUAUUUCAUCAGUGCCUAAACGUGACACCUAUGGCAGAAGUGGCCUUAGUUCAGGUGGAAGCAAUGGCUGCACAGGAAGGUUUACAAAUUGCUGGUUACUAUGCGGCUGCAGAGAAUUUCAAUGAAAAUAGCAUUGAAAAAAUUCCCGGCGCCCGAGUCGCUGAGAAAAUAUCCGAACAGAUAGGGAAUGCUCUUUGCGUCAUGGUCGACAAUAAAUCAAUGAGCUUGAACAUGGAUCGUCCGGCAAUAAAGGUCUGGCAAAACGUGGACAGUCGUUGGGUGAAAACAAAUUUCAGCUUAGACCUAAGUGAAUCGACUUUGGAUGCCGUAUCGUCGCUGCUGCAGAAAGGCGCCAUGAAAGAUCUAUCCGAUUUCGACAAUUAUUUGGACAACGUUGAAAAUGACUGGUUGAACGGUCACUUAAACAGAGAUCUAAAGCAAUUGCUAGCUAUGUAUUAGAUGUCAUAGGAUUUCAUUCAUCAAUUGAUUUUUACUGCAUUUGUAUUCGAUAAGUGUGGAAGUACUAAAUUAUAUCCAGUUCGAUAGGGUUUGAA